UUGCGUCUUGAAUUGGAUACGCAGUACCCAAAAAAAGGACUCACUCCAACAUUCAGCUCUCAAUCGCCGAAUUUCCCUACCGCAAAACUCCACCGGAAAAAUUCAGAUUCCGGAGAUAAAUCAUGGCGGCGGAGGAUAUUCCGUGCUGCGGAGCUAGGUUCUCGCUCUACGUCGUGAUAAUCAUAGCUCUUGUAGCCUUUGCUGGGUUGAUGGCAGGUUUAACACUGGGUCUCAUGUCUCUUGGAUUAGUCGAUCUCGAAGUUCUCAUCAAAUCCGGCCGUCCUCAGGAUCGAAUCAACGCCGGUAAGAUAUUUCCAGUAGUGAAGAAUCAACAUCUUUUGCUGUGUACUCUUUUGAUUGGAAACUCUAUGGCAAUGGAGGCUCUGCCAAUAUUCUUGGAUAGGAUUGUGCCUCCAUGGGCUGCAAUUGUUCUGUCAGUGACUCUCAUACUGAUUUUUGGAGAGAUAAUGCCACAGGCUGUUUGCACUCGGUACGGGCUCAAGGUUGGAGCAAUAAUGGCUCCUUUUGUCCGUGUUCUUCUUAUACUGUUCUUCCCUAUUUCAUAUCCAAUCAGUAAGGUUCUUGAUUGGAUGUUGGGUAAGGGACAUGGUGUUCUUUUACGGAGAGCAGAGCUAAAGACAUUCGUGAAUUUCCAUGGAAAUGAGGCUGGGAAAGGUGGAGAUCUAACAAACGAUGAGACUUCUAUCAUCACAGGUGCACUUGAAUUAACAGAAAAGACGGCAAAAGAUGCAAUGACUCCCAUAUCGAACGCGUUUUCCCUUGAACUUGAUUCAACUCUUAAUUUGGAAACUUUGAGUACAAUAAUGUCAGUUGGUCAUAGCAGAGUUCCAGUUUAUUUCAGAAAUCCAACACAUAUAAUUGGGCUCAUUCUGGUUAAAAAUCUUUUGGCUUUUGAUGCAAGAAAGGAAGUUUCUCUGAGGAAAAUGAUCAUGAGAAAAAUUCCGCGUGUCUCUGAAACAAUGCCAUUAUACGAUAUCCUAAACGAGUUUCAGAAGGGUCACAGCCACAUUGCAGUUGUCUAUAAGGAUCUUGACGAGCAGAAGGGAUCACCCGAAACAAGCCAAAAUGGUAGUGAGCGCAGAAAAAACAAGAAAACUAGAGACGAACUGUUUAAGGACAGUUGUAAGAAACCAAAAUCUCAGCUUGAAGUAUCAGAGAAGGAAGUAUUCAAAAUCGAAACCGGAGAUGCAAAAUCCUUCAAGAGCGAGAACAGUGAGGAGCAGCAAGGGAAAACGAUUCUAUCAGCUGCUCCAGCUAAGAAACGACAUAGAGGCUGUUCGUUCUGCAUUUUGGAUAUCGAGAAUUUUCCUAUACCUGAUUUCCCUCCCAAUGAAGAGGUUGUAGGAGUUAUCACCAUGGAAGAUGUUAUCGAAGAGCUUCUUCAGGAAGAGAUUCUUGACGAAACAGAUGAGUAUGUGAACAUUCACAACAGGAUAAGAGUCAACAUGCAUGCUUCUCAGGAGAAUCUACCAAGCGUAAUAACCUCGAUCACACAAUCAUCUUCUGGUUCCACUACUCCGAACCGAACAUCUCAUAUGGCCACACCAGAUUUGAGUCCUACAACAAAGCCUUCAGAUUCGAGUCCUAUAAGAGAGCCUUCAGAUUCUUCCCACUCCACGGCUCCAAAACAUGAAGAGUCCACCCAAACUUUAUGAUAUCUGAGUGAAGAUAAAUAGUUAUAUAUUUUUAAAAGAUGACUUGUAUAAAAAGUCUCCUUUUUCUUUGUUGAUGUUUUAGUGUUUGAGAUAAAGACUUCUUAGUAGUGGUUAAUGGUUACUUUGUAUGUAAAUAACGGAUGGAUCUUUUACCCCAAAAAAAAAAAAAAAAGAAGC